AUAGCAUUAAACUGCAUUAUCUCAAUAUUUUGUUUUAUUUGAGGAAUGAUGAUUAUAAAAGUUGUUUUGCUCUAGAUAAGGUUAAAUAUUCGAUAACGGUGCCAUUGCCAAAGAUAAGCUGCACGAGUCUGCAUUUAUCCGAGAUGAUACUGGUAGCACCUAUUGCUGGUUCCUCCGUUCAACCAUGUGUGCCAACAGAAGCUAAGAAGGAAACAGAAGAAAUUUUAAAUGCCAUCCUGCCGCCUAAAGAGUGGGAAGAAGAUGGACAAAUAUGGACGCAAAAGAUAUCAUCGACGCCUGCAACUCGACUGGACGUGAUUAACUUACAAGAAAUGCUGGACACACGCUUGCAACAGCGACAGGCCAGAGAAACUGGCAUUUGUCCUGUUCGUCGACAGCUCUACACUCAAUGUUUUGAUGAGCUUAUACGACAGGUAACAAUAAACUGUGGUGAAAGAGGUCUCCUACUAUUGAGGGUACGUGAUGAAGCUAGAAUCACAAUGGAAGCUUACCAAACGCUCUACUGUAGUUCAAUCGCUUUCGGUAUGAGGAAAGCUCUACAGUCAGAGCAAGGGAAAUCGGAUUUGAUGGAUCAAGUAGCGAAGCUUGAAACGGAACGUUCAGCUCUGGAGAAACAAUGUAUGGAGUUGAAACAGAAGACUGAGCAGCUAGAGAGGCGCGCGGCCGAGUUACGAGCCGCUGAAGAAAAACGUCACCAAGAAGAGUUGCUCGCUUUGAAGAAGACGAAUGCUCAACUCAAGGCACAACUGGAGGGCAUCAUUGCACCAAAGAAGUAAAAGUGUUAUAUUCGUUAAUUAUUUUUAAGAUGUUUUUGUUGCUCUUACUAGUUUAAAUUGUGUUCCUCAUAUAUUAUAAUUACAAAAAAUAAAUAACUAAAAUAAAA